AUGGGUGCUCCUAGGGUUCCUUCUUAUGAACAGACCAGGCCACUUAGAGUAUCCCUGCGCCUGGGAUCUACUGCUGGUUGUGGGGAUUACCUGCAUUCCGACGACUCGGAACCCUUUGCCACCAACAUCAAGAUCACCUGGACUCGGGGCAUGGACUCCAGCCAGGCCAAGGCCGACUGCACAGUGAAGUGGGACCGCUCUGAGCUCAGUAGAGUCGGCAAAAUCAACACCGACUGGGUGGUUUACUGGGUUCGCUCCAAGCUGCUCCAUGGCUUGAAAUACGGCCUGAACGGACGCCUGGCCCUGGGACGACUUGAUGGUCGACCCAACCCGGAGGCUCAGGACGGCCAACGCACGAUGGGUAUCGACCGGGCGGUCGACCCUACAAAGAUCCAGCACAUUCGGCUUUGCGCGGACGUUUAG